UGCUUGCUCACCUUCCUUCAACUGCAGGGGAAUCUCCCUUUCCUGUUCUGGUCGAAGCUGAAGAAAGAAUGAAGCCCAAUCAAUCGCUCCAGCCCACACCUCUCAGCAAUUGAACUUGGUUAAAACCACUUCCUAUAUUUGAGACUAAAGAAGAGACUGCUAGGCACAAUUUCCUGGCUGAAGAAAUCAGCCCAACGUUUUCAGAAAGCAAGUUGAGAGACAGGGACCAGCGGGAACAACACCCCGAAUGGAUUGAUCCUUUCACCCCCAUCCUCCCAGCACAAUGCUAACAAGAGGCUGACAGAAAACCCAGCACUCUGAAGAAAAGACCUUCUCUUCACUGCCCCUAAGUAGGCAGCCUAUCCCAGGAGCCAGGAAGAUGGAGCCAAGCUUACUGAUGUGGAGAUUCUUCACACUCUUCUUGGUAACUGACUGCAUGACAGAGUUUUGUGUUCCUGGACCACCAAGCCUCAGACAUGCCACCUUCAAAGCCCUCACGUACCAAGUGGGCACCCUGGUCAACUGUGAAUGCAAGCAAGGCUUCCACAGAAUAAGCGGCGGGCCGCUUUUUCUGACUUGUAAGGGAAACUCUGGCCACUUUUCCUGGGGAAACCAGUGUCAGUGCAAAAGCAAUUCCCGUAGGGACAGAGAAAAACAAGUAACUCCUAAACCUGGGGAACAGAAGGAAAGAAAGACCACAGACAUGCAAAGCCAAAUGCAGCCCACGGACCAAGCUAACUUUCUAGGUCACUGCAGGGAACCACCACCGUGGGAACACGAAGCUUCGAAGAGAAUGUACCAUUUCGUGGUGGGGCAGACAAUUCACUAUGAGUGCGCGCAGGGAUUCAGGGCCCUACAGAGAGGUCCUGCCGAGAGCAUCUGCAAAAUGAUCUGUGGAAAGGCGAAGUGGACACAGCCCCAGCUCAAGUGCAUAAAUGAAAGUCAGAACACUCAGUUUCCGGGUGACCAAGAGCCUCAAGCAAGCACAGAUACUCCUUCUGGGAGUGAAGAUUCCUGUUCCUUAAUAACAACAGGCACUACUACUACAGAUUUUCACAAACAUACAGAAGUGGCUACAACCACAGAGCCCGUGAUAUUUCCCGCCGAGUAUCAGAUGGCAGUGGCCGGCUUCGUUCUCCUGCUGAUCAGUAUCCUCCUCCUGAGUGCGCUCACCUGGCAGCGGCAAUGGAGGAAGAGUAGAAGAACAAUCUAGAAAGCCAGGAAUGGCAAGAAGCCAAGAAUAGCCCAAAGAAGUCAUGACACACAAGCAAAAAUCAAAGAAGAUAAACACUCAUCCAAGCAGCAUUUCCUGAGAUUCCCUGGGUUUUGGAAAGCUCUGAAGUCACAUCACAGAACACCAGGCAACUGCAACUCCAUCACAGAGCCAGCUCUGUAGUAUCAAUGAAUGACCUUGACCUGCUUCUAAGUAUCAAUUCCAAGGUCACUGGAAGAGCAAGGAGGAACCAUCAGAAGUCUCAGUCUUAUUUUCAUGUACAUGUGUUCAUUAAAGCUUAAGCAAUAAGGAACUCUCUCCAUACCCUACAUAGUAUAAAGAAAAUAGUUUAAUGUUAAUUUCAUCCCAACUCUCCAGUUUAGAAAUCCCAAUGAAACUCCAGCACUAAAGUAAACAGACUCUCUCUCUCUUCCUCCUCCUCCCCCUCCUGUGUGAUGGGAUCCUGUCUCAGACUCUCGUAGACUAGCCCAUUCUCAUGGUCACGUUCCUUAAUGAGCGCCCUCUAAGAACUCUGGACUGGUAACUUAAAUGGAUCUUUUUGUCCUUAGCUCAGUCCUCUAAACUAGCACCCUUCCACUGAACCUUCCAUUUUGAAUUUCUAAAGAACAGAGGCCACGGCAGAAUUCUCUUCAGAUAAUACCCAAACAGGGCAACCAAGGCCUUAGAAUUACAGAGCUUUGAUAUUUGAAUGGAUUUUACUGGAUUUAAUGUCGGGGAAAAGAAGGAUAAACUAGGUCCCAGGUAAUGAAUUCUACCCAUUAAAAAUCUUCACCUACCCAUCACUAACAGGACUUUUUAAGAGUUAGUUUCUUUGGAGUUGCUAUAGAUGAUACUCUGAAUUUGGCCUGCGUGAAUUUGAUGUUUAUAGACAGACACACGAUGUGCAAAUGUCUAUAAAACGUUUCCAGGUAAAUGUCGUAAAAACACCAAUAAAGGAUCAAUACACUCAAUGUUUAUGGAAAGAAGGAAAGAAAGAAGAAGAAAGUGAGGGAGGGGAGGGAGAUCAUAUGACAGGCUGUAACUAUGGAAAAGGUCACACCAGCGGUCCUCACACUUAGCAAAAUGUUUAGCAAAUCAGAAUCACCUGGAGGCCUGGUGAAAACACGUGACUGGGCCCAUCUCCAGAGUUUCCGAGUCAGCAGGUCUGGGGUGGGCCUGAGAAUUUACGUCUCUAACAAGUUUAGGUGAUGCGGAUGGUUCUGGUACUGGUAACACACUUUGAGAACCACUGGGCUAUACUUCUCCAUUCCCACCAACCCUCAACUUCUACUGGAAAAAUCAGCUAGUGCUGGGAUUUCAGUGAAAGUUCUUGUACAGCUUCUAGCAUAAGAGCUCUGUUCUCAAGUCAGCUGACUCAGAUACCCCAGAUGAACAAAACCACAUGACUAAGGAAGUUAAUGAAACACUUAAACCAGCAGCCAGUUUUCAUUUCUGAAAGGGCAGGAAAGUGUUAUGAAAAAAUGGGCAGGUGUCUGCAGGUCCAUAUCCAGAUUAAAGAACCAUUUUUUGUCCUUUAUGCGACCAACCAAGUACAGUCCAGAUUCCAUUGUCACCAUCCCCCCGACAACCUGCCCCAACUAUAUGUUUUCCAGUUAAAGUAAAGUAGAGAAGAAUCUCAGAGCAGAAAAAAACUUUUUCAAAAAUCUUACUUAUCUAACUUGAGUAAAACGGAAUUGAAUUAUCAUUACUCAUUUUUGGGGAGGGAGGCCUAUGAGAUCAAUCUUUUUUUUCAUAAUGAUUAAGAUGUUUAUUUGCCUUUUUCACUCUCAUUCUCUUAAAAGUGUAUGGUAUUUUCCAGAAGCUAUGUGAUAUGUGAUGAUGACAUUACUCUGAUGUUAACAUACAAUGAGUUUAUUACUAUUGACCAUAAAGGA